AUGUCAACGGAUAUUGAUGCCACGAAGAAUCGAGGGUCUGACACCUAUAGCGUGGAUGAACGUACCCUAUGCGACGCUUCCGACGACGAAGGUUAUAAAAAUGGAAGGCCCUCUUCGGAGGUAUCGGAAGGGGAUCAUGAUAUACUAGAGUCGGAAGAUGAGAGGGAAAGACUCUUGAUAUCACAAGAGAGCAAGACGGGUUUCUUUGGCAAGAAAGGUGUUAAAAUCGGGCGACGAAAUGCGAAGAACAGCAGCACCGAUGGAAUACGACGCAGUAAGAAGGUGCACAACGAAGAAUCAAGCGCGCUCAUGUACGAAAUGGAAGAAGGGAUUGGCGGUUCAUCACCGAGUUUCUCAAGGCAUUCGUCCGAAUCAGACGAACAGAGACUACGCACGACUACUACACAGAGAAAGGCAUGCGCAAGCCCAGCCCAAGUUUUUAGACGAUUAUGCAUAUACCUCAGUAUAGCUGUACUUUUUGUGGUACUACUCGUCUCUGCCUACCGAUUAUCGGGCUCGAAAAAGACACGACCGCCUCCAGUUAUGGUUUCCAACGGAACCUCGCUCUUCGCUCCGACCACCAUAUUGAUAUCACUAGAUGGAUUCCGUGCCGAUUUCCUAUAUCGCGGACUCACACCCACUCUCAAUAAAUUCGUUGCGAAUGGCAUUUCACCAAAGUACAUGAUGCCCAGCUUUCCGAGCGUCACUUUUCCUAAUCACUAUACCAUGGCGACUGGAUUAUACCCCGAGGCGCACGGAGUUGUUGGGAAUAGCUUCUGGGAUCCCUCUCUGAAGAAGGAAUUCUACUACACUGACCCUGACCGAAGCCUACAGCCCUUUUGGUGGGGAGGCGAGCCGCUCUGGGUGACUGCGGAACGACAAGAAGUUCCGACAGCAGUUCACAUGUGGCCCGGCUCGGAGGCGCACAUUGCCAACAUGGACAUAUCCUACAUUGACAAGUACAACGGGUCCGAAGUGCUCUCGAGAAAGGUGGAUCGUAUGCUAGGUCUUCUAGAUGUGCCCGGCCCGAUGGAUCCAUCCGUUAAGGCGGACGAACCACGACCCCAAUUUAUCGCUGCAUAUGUCCCGAAUGUAGAUGCGGAUGGACACAAAUACGGCCCGAACAGUACAGAAAUUCGCGCAACCAUCCAGGAGGUCGACGCUAUGCUGGGCUCGCUUCUUUCAGGCCUUGAAUCCCGUAACCUGACGAACAUUGUAAACGUGGUCAUAGUCUCCGACCAUGGCAUGGCGACCACAGAUGUUACGCGACUAAUCCAGCUCGAAGAUUUGGUAAACGUUGAGGAGAUAGAGCACAUCGAUGGCUGGCCGCUAUAUGGGCUUAGGCCGAAGAAGAUGGAGGAUCUAGAAAGAAUCCACCAAGACCUGUUGGCAAAGGCCAAGGACAAUCCCAAUAUCGAGGUUUAUCUGAAGGACAAGGAUAUGCCAGAGAAAUACCACUUCUCGAACAAUGAGCGCAUCGCUCCACUUUGGAUUGUUCCUAAGACUGGCUGGGCAAUCGUGACCAAGGACGAUUUUGACGUAGAGAAGGGCAAGGAGAACGGCGAUGUCUACCAUCCCCGUGGCCUGCAUGGGUAUAACCAUGAGCACCCACUGAUGAGAGCCAUAUUCGUCGCUCGUGGCCCCGCAUUCCCCCACACGCCAAAUAGUCGGAUGGAACCAUUCCAGAACAUCGAACUCUACAACAUCGUCUGCGACUCUAUCGGCAUCACUCCCGCACCAAACAAUGGCACCCUACGUCUUCCAUUGAAGCCGGUCGGUCUACACGACGAUCCCGAGGCUUCACAUAAUGAGACGCCAGUCGACCCCGUCGAAGCAUCAAGCUAUUUCACCACAGCGACAAUGACGUCUUUCUCAAGCUUGAUAGCUUCGGCUUCAGGCCUCGAGGACACUUUCUCCUCCAUCCAUCAAGAAGUCACCACGACGUCCUCCUCUCCAGCACCUCCACCACCGUCGGCUACUCCAAGCAGCGAAUCCUUCUGGGAGUGGCUCACUCACAAGGCCGAUCACAUCGAGGAAUGGGUCGAGGAUUUCCUACACAAUCACACCCAUAACGGCGCGGAGAAGGACGGAGCAUGA